UUUCUUUUCUACUAGGACGAGUUUCCAAGCAAUGGCACCGUGUUCCGACAGCGCUGAGGCCUGAGCGGCUAAACUCGACGUGAUUUAUGGCUACUGCCAGCACUGACACAAGCGGCCAUGGCCUAGAAUGACUUGAGCAAACUAGUUCAGAGUUUGAACCUAGUUCAAGUCAGGUCAACUUGAACACUCCACAUAGCUGCCGACAGCAUUCAGUAUUCCACUGCUGCCCUGCUGCAUCACUCCACAGCAUCAUCGCCAGUACAGCAGAUCCAGCAAGGAGCUGUGGAAGAGAUCCAAAGUUCGCUCUACAACAUCGCACCCAAGGAGCAACAUAGCGACCUACUCCGAAGACCGCACCAGAUUCCAGUCAGUUACCGUAUGAAGGUGGACCACGGCGUUGCUCUGAAGCAGAAACUAGUUCGUAAAUUUCCAGUUACAAUGAGACAUUUUGUUUAGAUUUUGUUAGCACACGGUCACCGAUUAGAUCGCCAGUAGAUUACUUCACAGCACCAACAAUGGAUCAUGGAGGGAAGAGGAAGCCGAGGUCGAGGCCCCCGCCACCAGCGAGAAAGCAGAGUCUGCCGUCACUCGAAUCUGUCCUCGAUGAGGACGAUGCAUUCGACGAGGAACUUUCACCAAGCUCUGUGCCAUCCGAAGGUGGCCUGCGCCGGACGACUAGUGAGCGCCCCCAGCAGCUCAGUGCCAAUGCGGAGCGCAAAGCACCACCUGUGCACGUCCAGAGAGGGUGGCCGAUGGUCUUGCCCGAAGCAGGGGAGGCGCGUGGAAGUGACCUGCCCUCCCUGUCUAAACCCCAUGCACCUCGAGCACCUAGUGCACCAUCAACACCAUCUUCGACGUCCAGUGUCUCCUCACCUGCAACUGGCGAGGAAGCGGCUAUUCCCAGUGUCACUGUUGCUCCGGCUCCUGUUGGAAACUCACCAGAGCGACUUCAGCCAUCAUCGAAAACUCCACAUAGGAUUGAAGAGGCGGCUGACAGUGCGAGAGAAGGUGACCAGCAGCAAUCGCAACAGCAGCAGCCUGCGCCAAUCAAACGCAGCAGAAGCAGGGACAGUUCACCUAAUCGCUCUGGAACGGACGGCGGUGCUAUCUCCCCGCCUCACAGAGCGCCACAGACAUCGUCUGCUCGACCCAGCAGGCCAAUGUUUCAGAUCCCAGGACCACCUAAGUCGCCCGCUCCUGGCAAACUGCCGAGGGUGCCAUCGGGCAGACAAGUCAUGACAUCCAGACUAUCACCAGCCCAGACGCCUGGUGAGGACAAUGCGCAGGCACUAAGAGAGGCUUUGGAGAAGCUGGCCACUGCAGAAAGCCAGCUUGAGGCAGAAAAGACCAAAAGUGGCGCUGCUAUUCACAGCUUGCAAGAGGAAGUUGAGCAACUCAGAACUGAAAAGGUGGUCGAGAAUGGGACAGACUAUGGUCAAGAGGUGGUCGAUUUGCAAGCCAAGGUGUCCGAGCUGCAGGCGGCCUCAAGACGAUGCCAGGCUCUGGAGAAGAAACUGGCAGCAGCCGAGGAGCUAGCCAAGCUGGCUGAUGAAGAUGCACAGAGUGCACGCGAGGACAUCACUGCAGUUCGUCAGCAGCUCAAGGAGGCACACCAGAAGCUCAAGUCAUCGUCCAUGAGCUCUCGGGUUUCUAAACCUGACGGCGAUGAAAGGUGUAAAGCAUUGGAGGCGGAAAUUAGCAAUUUGAAAGAGCAAGUUGAAAGCUUAGAUGGCGAGAGGUCACUAGUACUGGCUGACUAUGACAGUAUUUCUGCUGAGGUUGAUGAUCUUCGAGCAAAGAAAACUGAACAGGGGGCUGAGAAUGCGGAACUGAAAGUGCUGAUGAAAGGCCAAGAGGAUGAACUCAAUGCUGAGAAAGCUGUUGCCAAAAGUGCAAAACAGCAGGUUAGGGAUUUGGAGUCUCAACUCAAGCAAGCACUGUUGCGACAGCAGGAAGCCGAGGAAAAGGUCAAUUCACUGACACAAGAAAAUGCCGCCCUGAGCACUCAAGGUUCUUCAACACAAACACUUCAGCAACAGAUUGCAGCAAAGGAUGCCGACAUCCAGAAAUUGCAGACAGCAAAUGCCAGUUCAGCGGAUAAGCUUGCGACCAUGCGCGGUGACCUUGACAAGAUCAAGAAGGACCUGGAAGAGGAGAGAAGCACGGCUCAAUCACUUAGAGAAGAGCUAGCAGCCAAGGAAGAAGAAGUGAUGACAAUGACUGAAGAGGUAGCUGAGCUAAAUCAGACAAUGCUUGCCGAGGCUGGUCACAGCAAGAACCUGGAGGCACAAGCACUAUCCCUGGAAAAGGAAAAAGUCAACCUAGCAGAGCAAUUGAAACAACUGAAGCCGUCUGGGAAAUCCGCUCCUUCAAGUAGUAGUGCUGCUGUGGCAUCCACACCAACUGCAAGUGAGUCCGAGAAGUCACCAGGAUCGGCUGACUCGACUGCACCGGGUGAUGGAAAAGUACAGGCAGAGGAGCAAGUGCUUCCGGUGACGCCGCCUCUGGCCCGUGCAACCACGGGCAACCUUUCCGUCGGCGAAGUGACUAAGAACGAAGAGGUGGACAAGACCGAUAUCACGGCACAUCCCACACAGCCCAAAGCCGAGCCAUUGAGCAACAAGAUAUCUCCGGCCAGCAUCCGUUCAAACACCAGCAGCGGCAGCGGCACGCCGCCAUCUGUCACCCCAUACUCUGUGCACAAGAAGAGAUUCUCGAUGUCCCGCGAGACCACACCCGAAACCAGUCCUGAAACGCCGCGGAAAGACGACGCACCCGCAUCGGACAGCGUCGGAGAUGCUGAUGCAUCCGUGCAGGAAAAGCCGUUCACUUCCAAGCAGCCACAUUCGUUCAUGAGGUCCAAUGCACCGUCUGGUGUGGCUGCGCUUGCGGCCGUGAUGAGUGGCGUUGGCUCCAAGGUGGGUCCUGCAAAGAGCGGCAACACGUCCGUCGCCAAGGCCGUUGAAGGCGACAAUUCAAGUGCAGUACAGUCUCCAGCUGGUGGCAACACUCCCAGGAUAGGGACGACACCGAAUAGUUCUCCUUUGCAGCCAAGGCGCCCCGCUCCCACCGCAAGGCCAAGGGCCCGUGGACAAGCACCCAUGCCACCACUGGCAAAACGAGAAGCAGCGACAGCAGCAGCACCGCCAGCGGAGAAUACGGGUGCAGAUGUGUCAGCCGAUGUGUCACCGACAGAGCCAGCAUCUGCUGUUCCUGCAAACUUGAAGACGACACCUAAAUCAUCGCCGAAGCCAUCACCGAAAAUAGCCCGAAAGCCACCGCCAGGAAGAUCAGUUCCACCGCCUCCAAAGAAGGUCCUUCCACCUGCACCUCAACGCAAAGAAUCCUUUGAUGAAGAAUCAGCUCAGGUGGAAGAUGCUGUGGGAAACGAUGAAGAAGAGAUAACCCGGGAGAGCCAGCCAUCUAAAUCUCCAUUAGGGGAUAUUUCCGGGGAGUUUGACGCCAUAUCUCCGGCAACGAUGAAGAAGCUGGGAAUUUCUGCUGGAAGGGAACGAGUUCGACUUGGUGCGCAAGGCGGUCUAGCUGGAAGGCGCAAACCAACACGAACACAUCUGCGUGGUGCUGCCGACUCGGGCGACGAACUGUCGCAAAGUGACGCUGAGCCUAUGGCGGAUGACAGUGGGACGCAGUCAGCGAGUGAAUCUCCGCUUGUCUCCAGAGCUGCUAUGUCAGCUGCAGCUUCCUCAGCACUGGCAGCAGCCGCUGCGGCAGCAGUCAGUGGCCGGCCCUCGGCAGCAGCAGCAGCAGCAGCAACAACAGAGCCGGCCGAAGGCUCUGCCGAUACUGAGGAAGAAGUCUCAGUUCCUGGUGUACGCAUGGAUCGAGCAGCAACUGUGUCCUUGGGACAGCCAGUGUCUUCCUCUGCAUUGCCCGAUCGUCGUCGAGGACCGCCAGGCGACGUUGACACUAUUGAGGAGGGCGAAGAGGAUGGCGACGGACUUCGUAGGCUAAGGGCAAAGACACUAGCCGGUGGAAUUGACUUGCCAUUGGGUGGAUUCCUUCCGGCCACAGGUGCUGGCCCUAUGAAGCCGUCGGAUCUGAAGAAAAACAACAACCCUGUCGCCAAGCCGGCUCGAAAACCUCCGGCACCUACGCCUCCAGGCCGAAUGCCGCCACCCAUACCAGAAGCUGGUGGUAAUGGCGAUAGUACUAGUCGACCCGACUCCAACUCUUCCAGUGUAGUGGCUGUGGAAGUGAAUGGUGUGGCCGUCGAUGAGAAUGACGAUCAGGAUCCGGACGUGAUCACGGAGACCAUGAAUCAGACCGAUUCCAGAUAUGCAAGUGACAUGGAGGAUGAGGACAGUAGUGACGAUGCGCCGACAUCGGCUGGCGAGCAUGGUGACAAUCUCACCGUUACCAGCCCAUCGGCUAGCUCGGCCGUAUCACCGCAGCAUACCACCGACAGCGACGGCGUUGGUGCCGGCGCUAGCUUCUCCUCGUUCAGUCGAGAGAACCGUCGCUCCGGCCUGCGCACGGCCAUGGACUGGUCCGUGGACGAAGUCUCCAAUUGGCUGCACUUGAUGAACCUGCCAGAGGUGGGACCCAUCUUCACGAAGUUUGAUGUCGAUGGACAAAAGCUGCUAUCGUUGGACGGAGCAAAAAUGAAGAUUAUGGGUGUGACGAAUGCAGUGCAGGUGGCCACCCUGAAGAAGGAAAUAAAGACUAUGAAGAGUCAAGUUGAGAAGAUGAUGAAAGACGAGAAGAAGCGUCUCGAGCGUGAAGCAAAGUUAGAGAAGAAGAGAAGGGAGGAUGAGGCGAAGCUAGCUAAGCGUAACUCUAAGAGGAGGAGAUAGCUUUGGCCACAAUUAUUGAGAGAAUGAGAUAGGACAUAAUUUAUUUUGGCUUUGUGGGUUUUUUUGCAUUUGAAUCAGAUGUGUUGAAGUGAAUGCUAGGACGCAGUGCAGCUACUGCACUGAUAUUCUUUCCCUUUGCCACUUUCUUAUACUGAGCAAGUGCAUGUGCUGUCCUCAUGCAGGUGUUUGCGGUAUCAUUGAAUGUUUGUUGUUACAUGCAUACUAUAGUAAUAACUAUUCACGGUUCUAAUAUUCAGCACUUUCUUGUAAGUUUUUUUAAACCCUCAGUUCAGAGGGGUUUCAUUUCCCGCCUUGAUUAUACCAACAACUGCGUCGUAAUUUUGUUAAUAUUUUAAUUCUCAAUGAUGCUUAUGGCAAGAUUCAAAUCUACAUUGUAUAGUAUCA